CCAUCAGCUGGCCCGCGGUGUCGGUGUCGGUCGCAAUGCCUCGUGGACAACAUCUCAGACACUUCUUCCACAUUCUCUCAUCGUCUUUCCACCGUGUCGCUUGUGAAUCUCAGUCGACAGUUCUCUUGUGAAUCCAGCUACUUGCAUUAUCCCCGUAUAAGAAAUGACAGCGCAUACGCCUGAAUUCUUGCGACAGCGCAGCUCCAACAUGUCACUGCGCAUGGCCGCCGCCGCAAACGUCUCGAGCGCACCGGCCACGACGCCGCCUCAAGCACGAUCUGUCAUGCACGAGAACCCGAGAAGCGUAGCGGCCAGAGAAAUCAAGCCCGAGGACUACACAAAGCCGUUCUGCGACUUCUUACAGGAAAACCCUACUGUCUUCCACGCCGUGGACUACUUCAAGUCGAAGGCAUUGAAGCAUGGCUACACCGAGCUAUCUGCGCGUGAGGAUUGGUCUGGCAAAUUAGUACCAGGUGGCAAGUACUUCUCGACUCGCAAUGGUAGCACCAUCAUCGCAUGGACCAUAGGGAAAUCUUACAAGCCCGGAAAUGGCGUCGCCAUGGUUGGCGGCCACAUCGAUGCUCUCACUGCGAAGCUCAAGCCCGUCAGCUCGAAGCCCAACAAGCAGGGAUACCUUCAGCUCGGUGUUGCCCCAUACGCCGGCGCUCUGAACGAGACAUGGUGGGACCGCGACUUGAGCAUCGGCGGCCGAGUCAUCGUUCGCGAGGAAUCUGGCAAAACCUCGACCAAGCUCGUUAAGCUUGACUGGCCUAUCGCCAAGAUCCCGACCCUCGCGCCUCAUUUCGGCGUGGGCAUGCUGGGACAGAACAACAAGGAGACCCAAGUAGUUCCUAUCAUUGGACUCGACAACUCGGAUCUCUAUCCCACUGCUGACUCAUCGUCUGCAAAGCCUCUUGGCCCUGUCGGGUCAUUCGUUGCCACUCAGCCACCCAAAUUGGUUAAAGUGAUCUCGAAACAAUUGGGCAUCACAGACUACUCUCAGAUCGUGAACUGGGAACUUGAGCUAUUCGACCUUCAGCCGGCUACAGUUGCAGGCUUAGACAGGGAGCUUAUCACUGGAGGGCGUAUUGAUGACAAGCUUUGCAGCUGGGGAGCAUUCGAGGGUCUCCUGGCAUCCACCUUGAACGAUGACGAGGGAACCAUCAAAUUGGUCGCUCUCUUCGACGACGAAGAAAUUGGCUCUCUGCUCCGUCAGGGUGCCAAGGGUGACUUCUUGCCAUUGGUGAUCGAGCGGUCAGUGGAGGCUUUGUCAGAGGAGGCAGGCAAGUCAUUUGGCCGCGGCGUCAUUGGUCGGACUUAUGCGAACUCCUUCCUGGUGUCGGCAGACGUCACACACGCCAUUAACCCCAAUUUCGCCGAGAAGUACCUGAACGAUCAUGCUCCGCGGUUGAACGUGGGCAUCACCAUUUGCGCCGACAGCAACGGUCACAUGACGACAGACGCUGUUUCCACGGCUAUUCUAACACGAGUGUGCGAGUUAUCUGACUGCACGCCGCAAGUAUUCAUGAUUCGCAACGACUCCCGAAGUGGCGGCACCAUCGGCCCUAGUUUGAGCAGCACGAUGGGUGUGAGAUCAGCUGAUGCUGGCAUGCCGCAAUUAAGCAUGCACUCAAUCCGCGCGACCACAGGUGCUUUGGACCCCGGCUUGGGGGCCAAGUUCUUCAAGGGUUUCUUGGAUCAUUUCGAAAAGGUUGAUGGCGAGUGGACCCAGUAGACGGCACUCGACUGCAAUGAGCAUUAAGUGCUGAUUGAUGGUUCCAACUUGUUUGAGCGUUUACGCACUUAGAGAGGGAGUUUAGAAGCAGCAUAUGCUAGACCGUCUGGAGUGAACAGAGGUGAUAUUCCACCAAUCCAAGCGAAGUGUAUCCUCGACUCUCAACAUAUAUUAUACAUAAAUAGGCCGAAUGAUCAAGUACUAUG